UGGUCAUUACAUUAAACACUGUUUACCUUUUUUCACCGUUUUUAUCGCCGCCUGAUGGACAAACCUGAAACUACAACAACAGCAAACUGUCAUGGCGGCUGCCACAAGGCUCAUCUCAAGGUUGACGCUGGUCACCGGUGGAGGCAGUGGGAUUGGGCGGGCGGUGUGCCAGCGUUUGGCCUCUGAGGGCGCCUCCGUGGUGGUGGCUGACAUCAGCGAGGAGUCGGCCAAUGAGACGCUGGGGAGUCUGCAGAGCGACCUCAGAGUAGGAAACAUCGGUCAGGCUAACUACGCUGCCUCUAAAGCUGGAGUCGAGGGUUUAACAAGGACCGCCGCCAAAGAGCUCAGCAGGUUUGGGAUUCGCUGUAACUGCGUGCUGCCNNUAUUUAUUUACUUCCUGCUCCUCAGUGAAGCUGCAGCCAUGUUUGUGUUUCAGAUCGAGUCCUUGGUGCCUCUGGGACGGAUGGGCGAGCCGGCGGAGGUCGCUGAUGUCUGCGCCUUCCUCGCCUCGGACGACUCUCGGUACAUCACCGGAGCCAGCAUCGAAGUGGCAGGCGGACUUUUCAUGGGUUAAAUCAGCCGUCCGGCGAGCGCGCGACUGAAGACCGUGAGACUAGUUUCUAC